CACAGUCAAGGCAUACCUCCUAAGGAAACGGUCGUAUAGUAUCGCUCAACUGAUUUCGAAUUUCGAACACCAUUUGUUUUUAAAUUACAUUCCAUUCUGUGGACUUUGUGACGUCGACGAAUUUGAUUGGCCACCUUUAAUUGAACGCCACCACAAUGGUUACCAACACGACCUUACUCCUCAUCUUCGUGACCCUGGCGUCGGUGACAGCCCAGACCUUCCAGUACUCCCGCGGAUGGACGAACGGCAAGAGGGACGGCCACAAGAGGACGGAGGAUCUGAGAGAGAUCGCCAAUAAUAUCGACAAGAUCCUCUCGCCCUGCCAAAUUAACAAGCUCAAGUACAUUCUGGAAGGAAAGCCGGUUACUGAAAGGUUGCUGGUACCCUGCGAGUUGUUAGACAGCGAGGAAUCUCCAAGGAGGUACACGGAAAGAAAUCUGGACGCGCUCAUGGAAGCUUUUCAUUGAAAACCCCGUACUCUAGUAAUGUGCCAAACAGAAGAAAUAUAAUGACAUUAUUGAUAUUAUUAUUUCAUAGUUAUUAGUUAGGUAAUACAAGGACCAUUUUGAUAGAUUUUAUUAUUGUAAUAAUGUUUAUUAAAUCUCUAUAAGUAUUUAAUUAUUUACUCUUCUAAAGUAAUGCAUUUAUGGCUGGAUUUGUGCAUUACUGAAAUGUGUACACAGAUUAUACAGGAAAGAAUUUAAUUCCAUUCGUUCAUUCGUUUCGUUCAUUCUUUUUUUAUGUAUUCUGUGGUAGGCGGGAGUUUCUAUGAACUCUAUGAAUUAGAUAAGAAAUAAAUUAUUGUUUAGUAAUUUCAAUAAUCAUGUGGUUUGGCUUAUUAUUAUGUAAUAUGUGCUAUUUACUACAUCCUACAUACGAGUACAUACUAAAAAAUGUAAAAGUUAAACGAUGUUAAAAUGUUGACAACAAUAUUGUAUUGUAACUUAUAUUGAAAAUAAAAAGGUGAAAAA